UGAAGUAAUAAUUAGCACUCGAGGUGCAUAGAAAUUUUUUUUUGCAUUUAAUAGGCCAGUGCCCUUCUGGCAUGUGCCUCGUUCAAGAUAUGCAGCUCAGAACAGGUGGAGGAAAUAGUGUUAGUUGGGUGUCCAGAACGAACGUGGUGAUAAAGAACAACACACGAACAAAACAGUCUUCUCUGGUGAGGGAACACAGCCCACCCAGGACACCUUCAGUGGCUAGUUUCCCUUGGUGUUGGGUGGACUCUACAGUCAGGUGUGGGUCUACCUCCCUGUCACCACCGACAACAGUGUCACGGCCACCACGUCAAGGAUGCCUUCAACUAUCCUGGAGGAGUAGUCAAGGAGGGUCUCACUCUCAGAUCUCCUCAGCCGCUCGUCCUCGGCCCUUGGUGGUGGCCGGGGGGCCUUACCAGCUACUACUGCUGUUGCUGCUGCUCUACACCUCACUCAAGACCACCCACGCUAAAGCAGCACCGGAAACCAUAGAGACGAUGGCACAGUGGACAGCUCGUCUUCCCUGCAGAGUCAAGAACGUAGACACCCCCCUGCUGGUGUUGUGGUACAGACGUAGGGAGAACCACCCUUUUUACAGUUACGACGCACGGAGUGGUAACCUGUCGGCUGGUGCAGACCGCGUCCACGACCACAACCUGGGACCACGAUCACAGUUCGUCUUGCUGGAAAAGGAUAGUCUCCUGCGAGGGGGGUCAGGGAAUCCCCCUGGGUCCCUGCCCGUGUUCCCCGGGUCCUUGGAACUGAGUCACGUGACCAGGGAGGACGCGGGCAGCUUCACCUGCCGGGUCGACUUCCUUAACUCACCUACCCAGAACCAUCGCCUUCACCUCAUCGUUUAUGAGCGCCCAUCAUCAGUGACGGUGGUGGACGGGCGGGGCAAAACCCUCACGGCGGGGCCCGGGGGUGUAUACACAGCGGGGCCCUUCAACAACACCAGCCCGCUCCUCCUCAGCUGUAACGUCUUGGGAGGGUGGCCGCCGCCUACUAUAGAGUGGAUCAGGGAAGGGAGGCGACUGCCGAGCUCUAUAGACAACGGGGGUGACGGCUCAGUGGGUAGUCGGUUGUUCAUCAGCUCUCUUAAAGCCGAAGACUAUAUGUCUGAGAUGCAGUGUGUGGUGAUCAACAACAACCUCACAGCGCCCCUCUACAGCCGAGUUAGGAUCGACAUGAACAUGUGGUCAUCAGCGGGGUGGAGAAAGGACUAGAGGCAGGGGCACGUCAUGAGGUGAGGUGUGUCUCUACUGGGUCAAGACCUCCCGCUAACCUAACGUGGGACCUCGAGGGGGAACCUGAUUGGUCACCAAUUCAGGUCACCGAGACGGCGACAAGGACAGGGUCGUCGGAGAGUCGGGUGGUGUGGGUCGCCCAGCCGGAGGAUAAUGAGAAGGGCCUCUCCUGCACCGCCACCAAUCCACGCAACCCUCUCUACUCCCUCACCAACUACACUAGGCUCCUCGUGUUCCAUCCGCCCAUGGUGUCUUUAUCCAUUGGUCGAGGGUUGGAUCCGUCCUCCAUCAAAGAAGGAGUCGACGUGUACUUCACCUGCAGUGUUCAGGCCAACCCUAAAGCAGAGAAAAUCAUCUUCUUCCAUGAGGGGAAGGAAGUGGUGACGGUCCGGAGAGCAGAAGGCGGGGUGUUGGUUAUGGGUAGUUCCUUGGUGUUGCAGAAGGUUCAGCGAGAGGGAAGCGGCCGCUAUUCCUGUAGGGCCACCAACAGUCGAGGCUCUCACACCAGCAACUUUGUCCGUCUCGAUGUCCUAUACGAGCCUCGGUGUUUGGUGAAGAACCAAAUGGUGACUGUAACGCCUGGAGAGAAUGCCACGGUAGAGUGUGGUGUUGACGCCUUCCCCCCGCCGCACCAUUUCUCCUGGUCUCUCAACGGCACCGGAGGCUUGAAAGACGUGCCCAAAGAGGAGUACGAGUCCACAGGCAGCACUUCACGUUUCACCUAUGCCACACCGUUAACCUUAAAGAAGAUAAACAUCCUGUGCUGGGCCGCCAACAAGCUGGGCUCCGUACGUCAACACUGUACCACCACGCUCAUUGCUGCAGGUGUACCAGAGCCAGUGGAGAGUUGUGAUGUGGUGGAGGAACGAGUGUCCUCCCUCAGGGUGUCCUGCACUCCGGGCUUUGACGGCGGCCUCGAGCAACAUUUCAUUGCUCUGGUGGUGGAGCCACAAACGGCCCGGGUGGUGGCCAACGUGACAGCUGUAACACCAGAGUUCAGUAUCGGUGGGCUCGCUCCCGGGCUGGACUAUGCGGUCAAGGUCUUCUCCUACAACAGUCGGGGCUGGUCACCGCCUUACCUCCUCCAAGGCUUCUCACUUAAGGUUGCCGAAAACCGGAUGGAUUCGGGUGGUGGAGGGCCAGGUAAGGGGGCGUCGCCUCUGCUGGCUCUCUUCAUCGGUGUGUUGGCCGCUUUCGUUCUUACACUUACCGUCAUUAUCGUGGCCACUAAGCUGAGGUGUCGGGCUAGAGCUACGGCCAGGGACGACGGCGAUGGUACAGCGGGGAGGAGUGACGAUAGCGAGGAUGAUGAGACACGAGGGGUGGCCAACCUACAGAGUGGGGGAAACGCCAGAAGAAACUCGGUAGAAGUGAAGCUUAUGUCUGUAGUAAGGCAGGAGGAGGAUGAAAUAGCAGAGGAAGCACUCAAGCAACAGCCACUGGGACUCACUCCAUCACAAGACCUAGGUUCACCUCGGGAGUACACCCAGCUGGAGUCUAAGCCGACGUCUGAGUCUCUCUACAGUUCCUGUAAUAGUAACCGGUGUGGUAUCGGCUACUCCACGGAGUCAGCCAUGCUGCUGUCUUCCUCGCCCUCAGCUUGCAGCGCCACCGCAGGGGUUUUAGGUGGUUUACCCUGUGCUACUAGCAGCACUGGUGGUAGUGGUGGUACUGGUAUGAGUGUAGGAGGUGUGGGGAUGAUGGGUGUGAUGUACGGUUCACUGGGACGCUCUCUGGGCCAGUCCUGGGGCCAGUACAGCACCCUCACCCGUCCCCCACCCCCUGCCCAUGACCCGGGAGCAGAGUCACGUUUCCACACGCUCUCCACCACCUGCACACGACGCCCCAGCGAGAGCUUCGUGUGAUGAAUGGUUCAUCCUACGUCGUGUAUGUGACAAUUGCCUCUACUUUUGCGUCAUGUUUGUGACUUCUGGCUCUUAGCGGUUGCUGCAUCAUUUCGGUGGAGCAAAAAAGAGAUUAGAAUACUUUUUUCGAGUUUCCAAUUUAUACAGGAGUGCGGAAGUUGCCAAUUGAUAACAGUAUGAAACUGAGAAAACUUAGAUCCUGAUAGAUUCAGCGUGGCCUGCCCGUCACCCGGAAGUUCCUUUCAAAAACAUUGAAUAAUUCGGUCCACUCGUCGCUGAUUGGAGUUAUUGUUUUAAUCAUAUCAGCCAAAAUUCACCACGAGGAAGUAGCUAGUCAUUCGACAUCCAUUAUUCGACAUCCAUUUGUGCCUAUCCAGCCACUCAACCAUAACGUGAGCACUUAGCGAUAGCGAUUUAUGUAUGUUGCACAAUUUGGAAUUCAGCUCUUAGAGUGAAAGGUUUGACACGACACACCUGAUGGAACGGAUCAGUAUACAGAACACCUUAAUUGUUUGUUUUAAAUGUGUUGUAAUUGGAAGUUCUCUUCGAAUGCUAUCUUGCUGUCUGAUCACAUCAACAUAGCCUGUUGCUGCAAGAAUAAUCUCUUGGUAUGAUGAAUUUCAGGAGACCAGUUUGUUGGCCAGUUUGACGUUUUGCGAUGCACAUAAUGGCUAACUCGUAGAUGUGUGGGCGUUCAUCAGCCAGAAUCACCAACAACACGUUCUCAUGCUUGGCGAAAUAACACCUUGUCGCAACCAACUUCUCAUUGUCGAUGUUUUUACUAUCAAGGAAUAUAAUUGAUGCUCUCUGUGAGGCCAACAGUAGUUCCAGAAGUAGAGAACACAGCCGAUGUGUUCUUCUCUUACCACUUUGUGUUAGUACUCGCCUCUUCUUUUCACCACGGUCUUCGUUUAAUCUUUACUGCUGUCGAAGGAUUGUUGUCGCACCUGCUGACGAAGAUAAAAGAUUCUCCUACAGAUUGUCUCUCUACUUUCUGAUUUUGUUGUGACUACCCCGUGCAGAUGAAAAUGUAUUUCUGUAGUCGAUCACAAUCAAAUCUUGUCAAAGGUGUGGAUACAAUUUGAGCUGCAAUAUCUCUUCUGUUACAUUUUCUUGCUAAUUUGGGACAUGAAAGUUUUGUUUUAGUGGAUAUGCUGUUGAGUUUCGUUCUUGUCCCUGUGAUUCUAUAUGAUGCUGACGAGCCAAACAUCAACUUACACGAAGCAAACAACACCCGAGUCUUACAUGGCAGGGUAAAAUAACUAGAUUCCGAAUAACAGCUCAUAAAGAUAAGUAAGAGUUCAGCAAUAUCCAGGAGAAGUUUGUCAGACUAGCAGGACCUGAGAGACGUGUGCCAAACGAACAAGACCUGAUAGUCUUAUGUUUCACCAACAGACCUGAUAGACAUGUGUUAAAUGAACAGGAACUUUGAGAUGUACAUCGGAUCAGCAUGAUAUUAGAGAUUACAUCAGGUCAAUAGGACAGUCAUCUACUGCAAAGGACAGACACUCGUCAGAACUUAAACUUGUGCUUACUUUAUGGGUGAGUGAGGAUUGAUCAAAUAGAUAAAAUUUUCCCCUUUUAUAUAGUAUGACUUUAUUACCAUUAGCACACAUUAUGAUUAUUAGGAACCCAGUUAAAGGUUAGAUAAUUUUUUUCUUUAAGUAUUUGUCGUUGGUGCAAUACACGACUUUUGUGUUAUAAGCGUAUAAUGGACGAUUGUUGUCUUCUACUAUAUAGAAUUGAUCUGUCACCGCCAGGCAUGAUUGGCUCCUCAGUAGAUACACACCUCAGUAAGUGCUUCCUCUAUUCUCUGCCCUACGAGAAGUUGCACAAGGGUCAAAACUGGCGCAACUGUAUAUGGUUAGUGUUUAUUUAUAAGUUUAUAUAGGAUCAAACAUGAAUUUCACAGGAAUUGAAUAUUAUAACACAAAUGUAAUUUCCAUGUAUAUAUUUUUUUCUAUGAAUCAUUGCGCUUGGUGUAGUUACGUAACUAGGAUGGCGUGCGAGGGAAUUUUAGUUUAAUCUCAGAAAUAACAUUAAGGAGUUGACUUAUACUUAAGGAGAGAGGCGCUAGUUGAGGUGGUGUUCAUAUCAUUACGUUAAGGAGGUGUUAUGUUAUGUGUUCAAAUUGGCAUAAACGAUGAAACUAUUACUGUGAUAUUUUCCCGUAAUUGGUUAUAUUUAAAACUGUUUUAUGUGGGUGUGCUCGGGACCCAUUCUUACCAUCGACUUAAGCCCACGUAUAAUACCAUUGGUUAUGACUAAGGUGCUAUACAGUGAUGGGAAAGACAAGAUGAUGGUGACAUGAAUGUACUUGACACUCCCACACACCUCAUGGUAUUCAACUCAGAAAUACCAAUGUAUAUCUCCAAUAUAAAUAUUGUUUACUCUUGGUAAUAAAAGGUCUUUUCUUGUCAUUAAUUUUGAUUUAAAACUUAUAAUUUCUUUUUGUUUACAAGCUUUUGUUAAUCAAAUAUUAUUGAAAAAUAUAAUACGAUGAAUUGCUUUAAAAUGAAACUGUUAAUAGUUAUGAAUUUUAUAAUUAAAUUAUAUCAAACCUAUAAAUUAAAGUGAAAAUUUUCCCAAGUUGAAUGAUGACACAGUGACUUCUUUUCCUCCUCCACUGCACUACAAGGUGAGGAUAAUAAUGACAUAGAAAGUAGAGUUGUACUUUAUAGUUAAAUAUCACAACCUUUGGCCUCGAGGGGCUCUCAUAGGUGAUAUUUUACACUUGGUAAUAAUAAAACAAGUUGAAAGUGUUGAGGGGAUCACGAUAAGCCGUAGCUCAAGGCCUAAAAUAUAAGUCACCGCUGUAAAUCCUCUACACAGGUCGCUGACACAUCACUCAAAACGGCGCUAAAACUAUACUCGUAUUUAAGUGUUGCUCCGUUCUCGAACACAAUACUUCCCAGUCACUAAUACAGUUGUUCCAGUUAUUAACACAGAUGUUCAAAACACUAGCACUAUUGCAUCAGUCAAUAACACAAUCAUCCCCAGUCACUAACACAGUCAUCCCGGUCACUAACACCGCCCCAGUCAUUAUCACAGUCGCCCCAGUCACUAACACAGUCGCCCCAGUCACAAACACAGUCGCUCCAGUCACUAGCACAGUCGCCCCAGUCACCAACACAGUCGCCCCAGUACAGUAGCACAGUCGCCCCAGUC